AUGGAUAACUACUAUCUCAACAAUAAUACCUUUUUCCUCUUCACAUUAGCACUGUUCAUUUUCUUGCACCAUAAUGCGCGAACCAAUCGGGUGACAGUAUCACUAGUAUCACCAGUAUCACCAACGCGUUGGAAUGAGAUCGUAAUGGCGAUACACUCUGUUAUGGGGGUUGUUUUGACAACUAUAUUGGUGUUCUUACCGUUGAAAAAGGAAGCUGAUGCCUCCGGCAAAAUUCCAAUGCCGCUUGUAAGCAAUCCCACCGAAAACCUAAAAACUAUUGCAUAUGACUUAGCGAUGCUGGUUAUCACACUCGGCUGGGGAGGGUUUUUCAUAUUGGCUUUGCCUUCGAGAGGAUAUUAUAUGGGAAAAGUGAUGGAUUGCCUAUCGAUUGCAUUUGGACUUGUACUACUCGGGUUUCUCUUGUAUUACGUGAUUGGCGGCCCAGGAACGAUCGGAGCGGUUUUUGGGUGUCUCGCUAUUGCUGCUGGCCAUUUUUAUGUGCGUAACUGGUGA